ACGCUCAUUGUGAAGCGACAGCGGCCGGCAGUCUUCUGGGCUGCUUGAGAUCUAGAGACCCUAAAUCCUUGGCGCGCGUGAGCGCCCGCGCUGCUCCUCUCCCACUCCAAAGGCUAGAGGCGCGAGAUUCACCUUUCUUUAUUCCCUCCUCUGUCGCCCGGAGCUAACCGCCCCGGUGCGCUCGGACAUCUCGCGCCGACGCUCCCUCCUCCCCGCCCCUCCCCCUUCGGGAGCUCCCGCCCGGGCGCUCCUCCCCCUCCCUUUUCCCCGGCGACGCGCACGCGCGCCAAGCCGGCUCGCGCCCUCUCGCUUUCCUCCGGCCCGCGAGACCCCCUCCCCUUCCGCCUCGCGGCGCUUCCUCGCGCCGCGGUCUUCUCUAUCCACCCCCGACACCGCGGGGCUCGCCCCCGCCCGCCAACGGCGGGUCCCCAGCUUCCCAGUCCACCUCGCUUCCCGCGCUCUCCGGCGGGGCCCCAGCCCCGGCCUCCUCUCUCCCUCCCUUCCCCCUAAUUCCCUUUCCGGACGCUGCCAUCAUGUUGAAGCCUCAGCCGCCACAACAGACCUCCCAGCCCCAGCAGCCGCCCCCCACGCAACAGGCCGUGGCCCGACGGCCUCCUGGGGGCACCAGCCCUCCCAACGGCGGCCUCCCGGGGCCCCUGGCCUCCACCUCGGCUCCCCCAGGGCCUCCCGCGGCCGCUUCCCCCUGCCUAGGGCCUGCAGCCGCUGCCGGGAGCGGACUCCGCCGGGGAACCGAGGGCAUCUUGGCGCCACAGCCGCCGCCGCCGCAGCAGCAACAUCAGGAGAGGCCAGGGGCAGCGGCCAUCGGCAGCGCCAGAGGACAAAGCACAGGAAAGGGACCCCCACAGUCACCGGUGUUUGAGGGUGUCUACAACAAUUCCAGAAUGCUGCAUUUCCUUACAGCUGUUGUGGGCUCUACUUGUGAUGUAAAGGUGAAGAAUGGUACCACCUAUGAAGGUAUCUUCAAGACACUGAGCUCAAAGUUUGAACUGGCAGUAGACGCUGUGCACCGGAAAGCAUCUGAGCCAGCAGGUGGCCCUCGUCGGGAAGACAUUGUGGACACCAUGGUGUUUAAGCCAAGUGAUGUCAUGCUUGUCCACUUCCGAAAUGUCGACUUCAAUUAUGCUACUAAAGACAAGUUCACUGAUUCAGCCAUUGCCAUGAAUUCCAAGGUGAAUGGGGAGCACAAAGAGAAGGUGCUUCAGCGCUGGGAGGGGGGCGACAGCAACAGCGAUGACUACGACCUCGAGUCUGACAUGUCCAAUGGAUGGGACCCCAACGAAAUGUUCAAGUUUAACGAGGAGAACUACGGCGUGAAGACCACCUAUGACAGCAGUCUCUCUUCCUACACGGUGCCCCUAGAGAAGGACAACUCGGAAGAAUUUCGUCAGCGGGAGCUGCGUGCAGCCCAGUUGGCUCGAGAGAUUGAAUCGAGCCCCCAAUACCGCCUGCGGAUCGCCAUGGAGAACGAUGACGGGCGCACCGAGGAGGAGAAGCACAGUGCAGUUCAGCGACAGGGGUCAGGGCGGGAGAGCCCCAGCCUGGCGUCUAGGGAGGGAAAGUAUAUACCUCUACCCCAGCGAGUGCGGGAAGGUCCCCGGGGAGGAGUUCGGUGCAGUAGUUCUCGAGGCGGCCGGCCUGGCCUGAGCUCUCUGCCACCUCGCGGCCCUCACCAUCUUGACAGUAGCAGCCCUGGCCCAGGUUCUGAGACACGUGGUAUCAAUGGAGGCCCUUCCCGCAUGUCCCCUAAGGCACAGCGGCCUCUGAGAGGUGCCAAGACUCUGUCUUCCCCCAGCAGCAGGCCUUCUGGAGAAGCUUCUGUUCCACCUUCCGCAGUGGGCCGGAUGUACCCUCCGCGCUCCCCCAAGUCUGCUGCCCCUGCCCCAAUCUCAGCUUCCUGUCCUGAGCCUCCCAUUGGCUCAGCAGUACCAACCUCUUCAGCUUCCAUCCCCGUGACAUCAACAGUUGGGGAUCCUGGAGUAGGCUCCAUCUCACCAGCUUCUCCAAAGAUCUCACUGACCCCCACAGAUGUAAAAGAACUCCCGGCCAAGGAACCCGGGAGACCUCUGGAGUCCCAGGAGCUGUCCCGGAUAGCUGGGAAAGUUCCUGGCCUUCAGAACGAACAGAAACGCUUUCAACUGGAAGAACUGAGAAAGUUUGGGGCCCAAUUUAAGCUUCAGCCCAGUAGCUCUCCUGAGACCAGCCUGGAUCCUUUUCCUCCUCGAAUCUUGAAGGAGGAGGCCAAAGGGAAGGAGAAGGAAGUUGAUGGUCUUUUGGCUUCAGAGCCCAUGGGGUCCCCCGUUUCCUCCAAGGCAGAAUCCGUAUCGGAUAAGGAGGACAAACCACCCCUGCCAGCAGCAGGAGGCACCGAGGGGCCAGAUCAGCCCUCACCACCUUGCCCCAGCCAAACCGGCAGCCCCCCAGUGGGCCUCCUCAAGGGAGAUGACAAGGACGAGGGCCCCGUUGCUGAACAAGUGAAGAAGUCAACGUUGAACCCCAAUGCCAAGGAGUUCAAUCCCACUAAGCCUCUGCUCUCUGUGAAUAAAUCCACUAGUACUCCAACUUCUCCUGGGCCCCGGACUCAUUCAACGCCCUCCAUCCCGGUGCUGACGGCAGGCCAGAGCGGGCUGUAUAGCCCCCAGUACAUUUCCUACAUACCUCAGAUCCACAUGGGACCAGCUGUCCAGGCGCCUCAGAUGUAUCCGUACCCCGUGUCCAACUCCGUGCCCGGACAGCAGGGCAAGUACCGGGGAGCAAAAGGUGAGCAGGGUCAGGAGGGGCCGGCAGCAGGGCUGCCCAGUGCUCCCUGGCAGAUGGAGCUGGAGCUCUGCACUAUUUUCCCCCCACCUUUAGGCUCCCUGCCUCCCCAGCGCUCGGACCAACACCAGCCAGCCUCAGCCCCUCCGAUGAUGCAGGCCGCCGCCGCCGCCGGCCCACCUCUGGUGGCGGCCACACCGUAUUCUUCCUACAUCCCCUACAACCCCCAGCAGUUCCCAGGCCAGCCGGCCAUGAUGCAGCCCAUGGCCCACUACCCCUCGCAGCCGGUGUUUGCCCCCAUGCUGCAAAGCAACCCACGCAUGCUGACGUCCGGGAGCCAUCCCCAGGCCAUUGUGUCAUCCUCUACCCCUCAGUACCCUUCUGCAGAGCAGCCCACCCCCCAAGCCCUUUAUGCCACUGUCCACCAGUCCUAUCCACACCAUGCCACGCAGCUCCAUGCCCACCAGCCGCAGCCGGCCACCACGCCUACUGGGAGCCAGCCGCAGUCCCAGCAUGCGGCCCCCAGUCCCGUCCAGCACCAGGCGGGGCAGGCCCCACACCUGGGCAGUGGACAGCCACAGCAGAACCUGUACCACCCAGGGGCCCUGACAGGCACGCCGCCUUCUCUGCCACCGGGACCUUCUGCCCAGUCCCCUCAGAGCAGCUUCCCCCAACCAGCCGCCGUGUAUGCCAUCCAUGCCCACCAGCAGCUGCCCCACGGCUUCACCAACAUGGCCCAUGUUACCCAGGCCCAUGUCCAAACUGGAAUCACAGCAGCCCCGCCCCCUCACCCUGGGGCUCCCCACCCGCCCCAGGUGAUGCUGCUGCACCCACCCCAGAGCCAUGGGGGCCCCCCCCAAGGCGCGGUGCCCCAGAGCGGGGUGCCUGCACUCUCAGCUUCCACACCCUCACCCUACCCCUACAUCGGACACCCCCAAGGUGAGCAGCCUGGCCAGGCGCCUGGAUUUCCAGGAGGAGCCGAUGACAGGAUUCGUGAGUUCUCGUUAGCUGGGGGAAUUUGGCAUGGAAGAGCUGAGGGGCUGCAGGUGGGGCAGGAUGCACGGGUUCUGGGUGGGGAGUGAGGGGUCUUGGAGGCAGGGCUGUCCCACAGGGCGCCUGCCGACCUGCACCUGUCUGUGAAGUAUGUAGGGUGGGCAGAAGCCACAGUCGCCGCCGCCAGGGGCUUGCUCCUGGCUCUGUCCUUUGCUUCCCUCCGUCCUCGCUCAGUUGUGAUCCAGCAGCCCCCCUCCCCACUGCCUCCCCAGCUCUCAGUGACCCCGACUGUCUCCUGACUUAGCCGAGGUAAGGUCAGCGCAGCAGACAGGGCCAGGCUGGGGUGUGGGGGGCUGAGCUGGGCACAUGAGUGAGGGCUCUGGCUCACUGGGAAACGGCUAUUGAUCUGUGCUUCUGACAGCCCAUGAGACACCUUGAGGAGGCCGCUCCUGCCAACACUCCCCCCACACCCCACACUGGACGGCAUUGGAUGAAGGGACAGCUGCUUGGGUUCUAAUGCUCCUGCUCUCUUCUCUUUCCCCUCCAACCAGUUCAAUCUCAUCCCUCCCAGCAGCUCCCCUUCCACCCCCCGGGGAACUGAAGAUUGUCCUGGCCGCGACCUGAGACCUCCAUGAGUGGAGGGAAGAGUGAUCUAUGUCUCUUCCCCCAGCAGCUCGGACCAGUCCCAGCCCCCGUCCCCCCUUUCCCCCCGCGGGAGCUGGGGAAUUCCUGCCAAGCACCUUGAAUGGGAAGGGCCUCUGAGCGGGCAGGGCCAGGGUCCAGCGGGGUGGGGGGUUCCUGCUCUGCCCCGCCCAUCCCCACCCCAUCUUGCCCUCCCAGCCUCUCACCUAUCCCCCCGCUGGAGACAGAAGAUCUUUUAUUUUCUAUUAUUUAUAACCUCAGACUUGGGCCCCCUGUUCUUUCUUCCCCAUUAACUUGAGUGAUCUGCGUGACAGACAGACAGAUGGUUGAACAAGGACUUUUACUUUUUAUUACAUAAAAAUAUUUAAAAAAAUUAAAAAAAAUAAAAUUUUAAACUAACUUAA